CGCCGCCGCCGCUGGUAUGCCGUCUCGUCGCACCUCCGUGUGUCCAUUCCUACCUGCGCCGUUGCCGCCGCAUUGGAGUAAUAGGAUCUUUUAAUCCAACUAUCUCUUGCUUGUUGAACGGUUGGAUGCCGAUCCGGGUCCCUCUCUUAUAGCUAUAUAUAGGAUCUUAUAUGUACCCUUACCCUAUAUAUAUUUGGUAGUCCUCAAUACACCGCCGCCGCAGCAGUACCAUUAGCCCACCCACCUACGGCCGCCGGCGCUGAUAUUUGCCGAUCUCUUGCCGCCGACCCCGCCGCAAUAACCACACCAGCUUUAUCUUCCACUUCUACAGCACUGCAUCAACCACAAUGGAUAACUUAGAUGAUGUUGCCUUCGACAUCAACGAUUUUCUUGUAGGGAUAACGUGGUGAUUAAUUCUGAUGAGAAGUUUGCAGUACUGAGGAGCAUAGGAGAUGAAUGCAUCUAUGAGGAUGAACUCCUCGGCCUGCUGAAGAAUAAGCCCAGUCCUACAUGCUGUGUUUGGUUUGAGCCAUCCACCAAUAUGGACAUAGAGCAGGGGAUUAUGAAGACAAUCUAUGUCAACAGGAUGGUCAAAGCUGGUUGUGCAGUCAAAAUUGUGACGGCAGAUUGGUUUUUGCAGCGUCAUUAUAAGAUUGGCAACAACCUAAGUAAAAUACGGAACAUUGGCUAUCUCAAUAUUGAGAUGUGGAAAGCAGCUGGCAUGGACCUUGACAGGGUAGAGCUUGUGUGGUUGUCAGAUGAAUUGAAUCUCCAUGCAGUUGAUUACUGGCCAGUUGCCAUGGAUGUCUCCAGAAGAUAUACCAUGACAAGAAUUGCAAGGAUCUUUUGGAGUAAUGCAGAACAUGGGCCACAAAUACUUCCUGCUGCUGAGAUAAUUUAUCCUUGCAUGCAGGUUGCUUCUAUAUUAUGCGAGAAGACGAACAUAUGGCUAUUCAGCAUGGAUCAACGAGAUAUUAUCAUGCUCACUAGAGAUUAUUGUGAAAACAUAAACUGGGUGAACAAACCAACUAUUUUGCUGCAUGAUGCUCUACCUAAUUUACUAGAAGAUCCUGAAUAUGUGGACUUGCGAGAUCGUGGACGAACUAUCUUCAUGCAUGAUGAGGAGCACACUUUAAAUUCAAAAAUACAGAGGGCAUUCUGUCCUCCAAAAGUAGUGGUACACAACCCAUGUCUGGAGUAUAUCAAAUAUAUCAUCCUACCUUGGUUUGGGAACUUGGAGGUAGUCCAGAAUGAAUGGAAUGGUAGUACCAAGACAUUUGUAAGCAUGGAAGAACUUAGUGUUGAUUAUGAAAGAGGUUAUCUCAAUUCUGCUGAUGUUAAGAUGGCUCUUGAGAAAGCAAUAAACAACAUUCUAGAGCCUGUCCGUGACUACUUCAGUGGUAACACUAAAGCCCAAGCUCUAAUUAUGGCCUGCCAGUUGCAGAAUGAAAUUACUGGAGAUGUCCUGAAGAUUCAAAUGCAGAACAAAGAGAUGCGCCAUCAUUGAUAUUCCAGUGCUAUACGAGGACGAGGAGCAAAGUGUUGUAUAUAUCAUCAUAUCAGACAUUUACUUGUGCGUGAAAUUUGUCUAUGGAAUAUGAUGUUGACUGAUUCUGCUUUCUCUGUGUUUCGGCGAGAAAGUAAUGUGCAAUAUUUAGCUAUUUAAGAUGGCGAGGCUGUUCCUUGGUUUUACACCCUACUCUCUCCUUUCUAAAAUAAAGCAAUCAGUACUGUGUAUGUGUAUGUGACACAUUCAAAUAAUACGAGUGUGUUACAUUCAGUAAUUGAAUUGUUUUAUUUUUAAACAGAGGCAGUACGUUCUAAACUUCUAAAUUCUAAUGGCACUUCGGUGUGGCUAUACCGUCCCAA